AUUCGUUCAAGGAUUUGUCCGUUGGCGGAAGCGUCCACACAAAAGCGGUCGUUGUUGGCGGGUUUAAAAUAAGGAUAAAAUUAAGUGAUUUUUACUUUUUGUAGCACAAAACUAGCACGACAGGGAUAAUAUAUUUAAAAGUCAAGUUCACACGGGUGAAAUAAGCAGGAUUUAGUCCAUAAGUUCAAGCUAUCCAGUUUUGCAAUUUGAAACGCAGGCGACGUUUUGGUGUUAAAAAGAAAUCUUUUUUCAUUGGAUAAAGUGAAUCGUGACCCCUAACCUCCAGGAAUUAAAAUGGCCAAAGCAUUUUUAAAGUACCUAACCCACUACCGGAGUAACGACAAGAUGGCCGAACAGACGAGCGGCCGGCAGCUGCAGCGGAUCCUCCAUUACUCGGUGACUCCUUGCCGGCCACUGAUGGGACUUCGCCGAUCCGAUUGUGCAUUAUACGACGUCGACUGUGAUGAAGUUUAUCCGCGGCUCUACAUUGGCGAUGCAGCAUCAGCCAGAAACAAGCAGUAUUUACGAUUGAUCGGAAUCACACACGUGCUCAACACGGCCGAGGGAACCCGUUUCGGCCAGGUGGACACCGGCCACAGCUACUACAGGGACAUGUCCGGAAUCAGUUGCACUUUCAGGUACAUGGGCUUCCCGAUGGUCGAUCAGCCGACGACCGACAUCAGCCGGUAUUUCUACAUCGCGUCCAAGUUCAUCGAGAAUGGCAUCAAUAGUGGAGGCAAAGUGCUGGUCCACUGCAUGAUGGGAAUGUCCCGGUCGGCGACCUGCGUCCUGGCCUAUCUGAUGAUUGCCCGCAAAAUGUCCGCCGCCGAGGCCAUCCGGACGGUGCGAAUGCACCGGGACAUCCGGCCAAACGAGGGCUUCCUGCAGCAGCUGGCCGAUCUGGACAACGAGCUGAAGCGGGAUCGCCUGUACUAUUGACUCGAGUGUGGCCAGCGGCUUCGGAGGAAAUAGCGAUCCGUUACCUGUUAAGUUCUGUUGAGCUGGAUGAUUUCUUAUGGAUUUUUUUUUUAAUUUAAAAUGCACAUAAUAUUCACAAAGAUUUUAUUUUCUACAACUACGAAUUUUAAAAUCUAACCAUUACACAAUACAUAAGCCGGUAGGGAUGUUAGUUUGGAAGAAUGAUGUACGUUUCGUUUGAUUUGUAUGUACAAUUGGGUUGUCAGAUUUUUAAAAAUAACAGGAAAAGGACACGUUGUGAACGUUGUGAUUUUUGAUCGGAAAACAGAGGCUUAAAAAUUGCUUUGAACGAGAAAUCAGGGAUAGUCGGAGAACAUGGAAUGAUCUCAUCUUCAUAAAUCAUGACACUAACGUAUACACCACACAACAACAGUUUGUAACGUACAGUCAUAUUUAUAUCUAUAUACUAAAAAAACUGACAGAGCGAUUUUUAGGGCCAGUGCUAUGUAAGAUUCUGCAGGAAGCAAGGGGGCAAAUCAGUCAACUGGAAUGACAUCAAAUGACGAGCAAAAACGGCAUAAACAGCUUGGGCGGUUUAUAUUGAUUACCAACAAAAGUCACUGCUCUGAUACUGAAGUCCCAGUAAAGAUGCAAAAGCAAACAUACCUACAUAUUCACUAAUCGAUUUCAGUAUUCAUGCAAUCAUAAACGAAAAGUAUAAACACAUAUAGAAUGAAUAUUUAAAACAAAAGAAAAGAGCAGCUUAAACCAAAUGAUUUUUUAGCCCUCGAAUAGAAAGUGAAUUUAAGUAUCGUGUUUAGUAAAUCUUUCAGUGAACCCAAUAAACAAAAAAACUAACAUAAGCACUUCUUGAACACCGUCUAAAGCAGUGUGUUUUGAAUUGUCCUUAUUUAAAAAAAAAUCUACAAUUUUUUCAAGUCUUUUUGUUCAGUAAAGCAGCUAAAGAUUGGUUUCAUUUUGAAAAUCAUUUUUGAAAAUCAAAUUCUGAGGGAUUUGAUUUUUAAGUGACCCUCAGCCGUCAACUCGAAACACCCUGCUUAAUCCACGUUAAAAGUUCACUUUAAGUAACCAGAGAUAGCCAGUAAUCUUUUACAGCAACACAAAACGAGCAGAAAUAAACAAGCUUAACAACAUUAAUAAUCAAUAAAACAGUAGCAUCAAACAACCGAAUUCAAACAACAAUAAAAAAAAAACACAAAAACAAACUAUCAACGGGAGCACCAAAAUCAAACCAAUCUCCACAUUAUCGUAGUUUUAAGUAUUUACUGCAGAAAAAGAAAAAAAACGAACUCAAACCCCCAACUGUUAGCAAUGAAAGGAAAGAAACAAACUUGAUGAAAAACAACUAUAUUUUUGAGAAGUGUCUCGCAAUAACCACAACCCACCCCAGGAGGGAAUUCUCAAUAGUAAAAAAAAACAAAAACAAAAAACAAGUCCGGUUACAACAGAAAGCAUCGUUUGUUGAUUGUUGAAUUUUGGUUCUAGAUUUUUGAGGAUUCAUGUUAAAGAACAAAAAAAAACGAAAGAGAUCAAGUAGAGAAUAGAAAACUACAAAUGAUAAACAAAAACAAAAUUAUGAUGAACAUGAUGGUUUACCAAAACGAAACAUAAAACCGUUAAAAACAAACUAUACACCAACUGUGUACAUUUUAAAAUGAAAAGUGAAUCUGCGUUUCGGAAACGAAUGGGAACAUACAGUUACAUAGUUGCUAGAGAUGCUGACGGCAAAAUUUAUGGGUUCGAGUAUUUACACAUACCAGGAUGCGGAAUCAGAAGAAAAACACGAGGAUGAAGAAAUCCCCAUGAAAGCAAGAAGAAUAAAACAAAACUGAGAUAUUAGAUCGAAUAGAGUCUAUGCAGAAAAAAAGUUAUAUUCAAUAAAUUAACAAUAGUUGAGAAAA